GGACAUCAAAUAAUUUCCACCUCGAUUUUUGGCUUUCGCUUUUCCAUUUGCACCGAUCAUCACCGCCACCGUCACCGCCGCAAAAGAGAAGAUGGUGGCUCGGAGCUUCCAGGUUCACCACCAGGACUCCACAUUCUCCGUUGACUACGACACCGACGACGGCCUUGAAGUCUUCAAAUUUCAACUCUUCUCCCUCACCUCCGUUCCCCCCGACGAGCAAAAGUUAAUUGGAUUCGAUGGAGAUUCCGUUGUUUCGGACGAUUCGGACCUCGUUUCGAUUUGCGAGAAGCUCCGAUUGGUUUCGAUCAGCGAAGAACAACAACAGCAAGAAGAAUCAACGGCUCAGAACGACGAAUUGCUGAAAUCGGACGAGGAAUUGGCUAGAAUGUUGCAGGCAGAGGAGGAAGCACUUUUGUUUCAGCAGUACGCUGCCCCUGAAGAUGAUGGCAAAUUCGAGCAAAAACUGCGGCCUUAUGUCAGUCAAGUUCUUAUGUAUGAGGACCCGGUGCGCCAGGAGGCUGCUCGGAAAACAGUCCCUAUAGAAGAGCUUGAGGAGAAGGCAUUGGUCAGUUUGGCCAAGGAGGGGAACUUAACUCCGUCAAAAAAUGAGCAAGAUCAUGCUUUCCUGCUGCAGCUACUUUUUUGGUUCAAACAGUCUUUCAGUUGGGUUAACGCACCUGCCUGUGAUAGUUGUGGCAAUAACACCGUAAAUAGUGGCAUGGCUAAUGCAAUUCCUUCGGAAAUCCGAUAUGGAGCUUCUCGAGUUGAGAUCUAUAGAUGCAAUAUUUGUCCUACGGUGACUCGUUUCCCACGCUACAAUGAUCCACUAAAGCUUGUGGAAACAAGAAGAGGGCGUUGUGGGGAAUGGGCCAAUUGCUUUACGCUUUAUUGCCGAGCUUUUGGAUAUGAAUCCCGUCUUAUCUUGGAUUUCACAGAUCAUGUUUGGACUGAGUGCUUCUCACAAUCUUUGGGAAGAUGGGUGCAUCUUGAUCCUUGUGAAGCAGUGUAUGAUAAACCCCUGUUAUAUGAAAGCGGGUGGAACAAGAAAUUGAAUUACGUAAUUGCCAUCGCAAAAGAUGGUGUUUGUGAUGUAACCAAACGCUAUACGAGGAAAUGGCAUGAGGUUCUUUCUCGACGUAACAUCAUUACAGAGCCUGCAUUGUCAGCUGUGCUUGCUAAUAUAACAAAAGAUUGUCGAAAAGGGUUUACUUCUCAAGUACUUUCUGUACUUGAAGAGCGUGAUGAGAAGGAAAUGCAAGAACUCGAAAGAGGUUUGCAUUCUACAGACAAUGACUCAAGCUCAUUACCUGGGAGACGAAGUGGGGACAAGGAAUGGCGAAAGUCAAGAUUAGAAUGUGGUUCUGAUGAGAGUUGCUCCUUGAGUGGUUCUUCUUGUCCAGUUCGUUCAUGCUUUGACGAGCACGUGACCAAAAUUCAUAAUGCAUUUCUCCCAAUUCUUUCAAAGCUUGUUGAGGAAGAAUUUCCAAAAUCAAGGGCCGUUGAAGUACUUGAGACUCUAAAAGGCAUUCUCAUGGAUCUUAAGAAAUCACCUUUUAAAACAAGGAGGGCCACAAUCGAUUCAAUUUCUAAUAUCAACCAAUCACUUGUUCAUCAGUUGUUGCCCUCUUUCACUGAGUUACUUAAUGCUCUUUCGAUGAAUGUUAUGGUAGAUGGUGAUGGGAAAGUCGACAUUUCUCUAGUUGGAAGUGCUGUUAAAACCUCUUUGGCACUACCUGUUGCAUUGGAUGCUUUGGACGACACAAUCAAUAAUCUUAACAGUUGUGAUAACUUUGUUGAAAAGUCUCUUUGCUUGCCUCUUCUGAAGCUAAAUAGAAUUCAUUCUGGUUCAGUCCUUGCAAGUGGCGAAGAAAUUCCUUUUGGAAUUGCCACAUCAGCGUUUGAUGGGAUACGCAAGUCUAAGUGGGAAGAACCAAAUGGUGCACGAGGUUGCUGGAUCAUGUAUAAAGUAUCAGAGAACCAGAUGCACGAACUUGUGGCAUAUGAGUUAAUGUCAGCCAACGAUGUACCAGAAAGGGAUCCCAUGGAUUGGGUUGUUGAAGGAAGCAAUGAUGAGGGAUCAAGCUGGCAUCUGUUGGAUAAACAAACUUCUCAAGUAUUUGAUAGUCGUUUUCAGCGUAAAACAUUUCAGAUUGCUUCUCAAGGUUUCCUCGCAAAUGCUUUCAGGUUUAGAUUUUUGGCCGUUAAAGACGUCCAAUCAAAUUCGCGGUUGCAAUUAGGUAGCAUUGACCUCUAUUCUAGAAGCAGUUGAUUCUUACAGAUCAGAAUCUCUCCAUUUGGAUACUCGAUUCCAGUGCGUUGAAGAAGCUUGACGCUGCCGUUUCAUUUGUUUCGGCUGCCUGUAAGUCGCUCUCCUCCCGUCCUAAGGCAUAGGGGGACUGCCCAUGGGAUUUGGGAUCUGUCCUAAAACUCCUUACCAAGAUGUUUCAUAUUUCCAUUGGGAAUCUAGGAGAAACUGUUUUCAAAGGAGACUAAAUAUGUUGAGAAUUUAUGGAGGGAAUUAACUUGGCUCCUCAAUAUACGCUAUGUGACCUACUUACGGGACUUCAUAUUUAUGAUCGGAACUUUUAUAUGUA